CUCUUCAGAGAACUGAAACCAGAGACAGCAGAAAAUCUCAGCAUCCCAGAGCUCUUCACAAAGGGCCCGGUCACCAUGGAGACAACAUUAAGAUGUCCUCCAUCACGGCGAGUCCAAGGUCUUCUUCAGAAAGGACUCUUCCUCAGGAAACAUUCAUCUCCCAAGUGCCAUUAAGAUUGCAGAUCAAAGUGUCUGGUCAGAGGGGGAGUUUGGGAUUCAGUAUUGCUGGUGGGAGGGGCUCUCUGCCUUACAAAGACAAUGAUGAGGGCAUCUUCAUUUCCAGAGUCACUAAAGGAGGAGCGUCAGAGAAAGCUGGGGUCCAUGUUGGAGACAGAGUACAAGAGGUCAACGGCCUAAACAUGCAGGGGGCGACCCACCACUACGCCGUCACCGCUCUCAGGAACGCCGGCAACUGCAUCAAGAUGAAAGUGAUCAGAGAGAGGCUGCUUCCUCGGGAGCUAUAUGACCUGGAUCAGCCUCCUCCUCCUCCUCCAGAUCCUCGAGUAGUGACGGGACGACAGCUGCGAGACUGUGCUGGAGGGGGACGGAUGAGCAAACAGCAGAUAGAGGAGAGCAGAGAAGACAGUUUACCCAAGAAGAUUGAAGCGAUUAUCUGCAAUGGCAACGGCGUUUUGGAUUUGGAGAGGAAUCUGAAGAGGACCCUGUCUGAACUGGAGGCAGUAACCAUGCAAAAUAAAGAAUCCCUACAAGGGGGGAAGCAAACAAUGACAAUCCCCCGGAUCAUCCUCACUCAUCCCUCUACCUCAGAUGAAGAUGUGGAGCUCUUGACGCAGAGCCCCGGCAGAGAGAUGCUUUGACGUUCUGACAGACACUGCUUUGAAAGUGACUUUCACCCACCUUAACCACAUCCUGGGGGGCGGACAAACGUAGAGGACACAGAUUUAUUUUGCUUUGUUGAAGCAUGUUCAGGGAUGUCUCUGUGGAUUUUGCGCAAAAAAGCACUACAAGAAUGUGUUUUAUGUUACUGUCACUGUAAAACUUUUUUAUCUGCCAGGUUUAAGUGCUGCUAAAAGUGUUUCUUCAUAUAAAAGUUUUUUGAAAGAACUUUAUUUUUAUUACCAAACUACAGGGAUUCCCCUGUUUCAAUUCAGGAAAGGCUGAAAAACAAAGGCAGACUGUCCUCUGUUAAAUGCAGUCACUUAAUCAAUGAAUGCUUCUGGCUACCUCUGCUUCACAGCACUCUUCUGCAAGUUACAGACAUGCUUGUAAGCAGAGUCUGCACCCGUGACAAUGUGGAGCCCUCAGAUGUUCUUUAGUCUGUAUUGCGAUAAAAGGCCGGACAGCUGAACGGAGAGCACAGCAGGGAGUUGGUGUUCUGCAGAGACCUGAGUCAGACCGAGCUUGGCAUAUUUAUUCACCUCCUGUGUAAGCUAAAUGCAGACCUGAGAUAUUGGACUCUGCUUUAUGAGAGGAGAAAGAGACAGUACAUCACUCUGGAGGAAUUUUUAAUAUUACUUCCCAAAGCCAAGAAUGUGCAAAGUAGUAAAAGCCUGCCUUGUAUUAAUGAACACUUUUUAGAUUUCUACA